GUAACUUUAAACAGAAUCAACAGAUAGAUGAUAAACAGAGUUUUUAUUUUCUUUUCUGUUCCAAGUUCCAAGUUCCAUGUUCAUGAUCCAUGUUGCUUCCAUCAAUGGAUAACAAUCUCAUCUCUUUUUUAUGUCGAUUCAUUGUUUCCAUUUUAUAUUUACGAUAAUUGAUCCCAAUUAUCAAUGAGAAUUUCCAUUAAUCUAGUCAGUCACUAAUUAGUUUACUCGUAAAUCUUACGUAACACUUCAAGCGAUUUGUAAACAACAUUUUCUUUCAAUUAUCAAUUUUUACAAUUUUUUUUUUCUUCUCCAAAUGAUUGUGACAAAAUCCAUUCUCAUUGUUUACAUUGUUCUCAUUGCGAAUCGUUCAUUUUCACCAGAAUCUUUACCUUCCAUUUCGCAAUCAUCUUCCGUGUGAAUAUCAUCAUCAUCAUCAUCUUCGUCAUCAUCUCCAUCAUUUUCACCUUAAUCAACAAUCAGUGAACCAGAAAACACCAGUCAACCAGUUUCGUCUUUUCCUCUUCCCUUUACCAUUUUCCCUUUUGUUUUUUUUCACUAUUUUUUACUUUUCUCUCUCUCUCUCUCUCUCUCUAAUUGUUUAUGUGUUAAUCUCUCAUCUAUAAGCAAAACCAGGCAAUCAAAAAGCUCCACCAACAAUUAUAAUCAUUACAAAAUCAACAACCAGCAUCAGUCGAGUAAAUGAUGACUACCAAUUCCAAAAGCGAUUUAAUAUCAAUUUUAACCUAGAAAAGUGAAUAACAUUAUUCCAACUAAAUUAAAUUUCAUUUUCUCUUUUUAAUUUGUUUCAUUUCUCGUUUAAUACACAAAACAUUAACUUCUCUCUCUCUCCCUAAAUCUACAUUCACAUCUCUGUGUCUCUAUUUGGAUUCAUUCAUUUUCCUGUUAUUUGUAUCACAGAUUCACUUCCGUUCAUUUUGUGCCAGUGUCUUUUUCAAUCAUCUCUCUCAUCAUCAUAUUCUGUUAUAACAUCUUGUUAUCGUCAUCUUUUAAUCAUCAGUCUCUCUCAUCCAUUUAUAAUACACUCACACACAAUUGAUACAAAUCUUUUCCCUUUUUUAUUUACAAUAUAAUCACACUUAUAUUACCCUUGCCAUCAUUUUCAUCGACAUCAUUAGCCAACAAUCAAUCGAAUCACUUUGAUUAACAACAUUUUCUCCUCAAUUAAAGUAAUGUUUUCUCCUUUUUAAUCAACAACAACAACAACAAUUGUUAAUCCAAAUAGAGAGAAUUUGUUAAUCUAUGUUGUUACUUUUAUUUCAACCAGUUGAAUCUCCUUGAUUGUGAAUCUUGUUUAUUGACAACUUCCAUCAAUCAGUCAAACCUAACAAAUCUUUUUCUCAUCAAUUUUCUUUUUCUAUAGUGAUUAAAUUAAUUGUUACUACAAUUAAGUGUCCUUACAAGGUUUAAUCAAUAUUUACAAUUAUUGUCAAUUGUGACAAUAACAGAAACACCAGUUAACACUUAAUCCAAUCAUCUUGUAACCAGUUGAUUGUUACAACAAUCAACAGUGAAAGGAGUACAACCCACACCAAAAGUGAAACAAUUUAAAUUGAGUGAACGCGACGGAUUAACACUUGAAACAAUUUAAACAACAAUUAAAUUGUUUUAAUGUUUUACAUUUGGUAAAAUUGAUUAAAUCAACUGAUCAACACAAUCACCAUGAUAAAAGACAGAUUAUCAGCCCUUAAAGCGGCAAUCACCGAAGAUGAUGAAGUUGUUGUUGGUGUUGAAGUUUCAACUGAUCAUAUGGAACAAUUUUUCCAAGAGGUUGAAGAGAUUCGUGAAAAUAUUGACAAAAUGCAAUCAAAUGUAGAGGAAGUUAAAAAAAUCCAUUCUGCAAUACUCUCAGCCCCACAAACCGAUGAAAGGGCAAAGCAACAAUUAGAAGAUCUUAUGGCUGAUAUAAAGAAAACAGCUAAUCGAGUUCGUGGAAAACUGAAAUCUAUGGAACAAUGUAUUGAACAAUUGGAACAAUCUAAUAUAAUGUCAGCUGAUUUCCGGAUCAGGAAGACUCAACAUUCAAUGUUAUCUCAAAAGUUUGUUGCUGUAAUGACAGAUUAUAACAAAACUCAGACAGAUUAUCGUGAAAGAUGUAAAGCAAGAAUUCAAAGACAAUUAGAAAUAACCGGUAAAUCAACAACCAAUGAAGAACUGGAAGAAAUGCUCGAAAGCGGCAAUCCGGCCAUUUUCACGCAAGGUAUCAUGACGGAUACUCAACAAGCACGACAAACUUUAGCCGAUAUUGAAGCUCGUCACGCUGAUAUUAUCAAAUUAGAAAAUAGUAUAAGAGAGUUGCAUGAUAUGUUCAUGGAUAUGGCCAUGCUGGUAGAAAGUCAGGGUGAAAUGAUUGACCGGAUAGAGUAUCAUGUUGAACAUGCUCGAGAAUAUAUUGAAACAGCCAAACAAGACACCAAAAAAGCCCGUGAAUAUCAGUCCAAGGCUCGAAGAAAACAGAUUAUGAUCUUAAUAUGUUUGAUAAUAUUGGUUAUUGUUCUGAUCGGAAUAUUUUCAUCAAUGUUUUAAAUUGUGCAAGGAAAAACUUUGAAAAUUCACCAAUCAUCUUAUUAUUAUCAUCAAGAUUCUAGAUGAAUUGAGUUUCACUUGGUUAAUUUAAAGGUAGUCAAGCAAUUUGGUAACAAUCAAAUGAAAGUUGACAAAGUAAAUAUAAUUUAUUUUGACAAUCAAAAGUCAACUAAGUGAUGAUGAUGAGAUUUUGUUGAGCUUCAAAUUGAGAUGAAAUUAUGAUGAAAAAAGUAUUUCAAAUCUGAUGAUAAUCAAGUAAACAAGGAUCCAUUAAAUGAACGCCAUAGUAUCUUUCAAAUUAAGUCAUCGUCAUGAUUUUCAUCAUCAUCUUCAUCAUCUUCAUCAUCUUCAUCACCUUCAUCAUCGCCUUUACCCUAGUCAUUUACAGUUAACCUGUUGUUGGUUGUGUCCAGUAAUCAUUAUAAUUUAAUUCAUCAUAAUAUCCUACUUCUUAUACUAAUUAUUUUGAUUACUAAAUGUACAAUUACAAUAUCAUCUCCAAAGGACUAACAUAUCAUCAAGUGACCAAUGAUAAUCAACGAUGACCAUCCCUGGAGUUUUUUUUAAUCUCACCUCCAAUUGACCAAAAUACAAAAUCGGACCAUAAGAAAAUAUCAUUUGAAUAUAUUGAGAUAGUUAAUUUAAAUUGACACCAGUGAUUCAAAUUGGACCAUGAUAAUGUUUCCCUUCAUGAUUAGAUGAAAUCAGAAUUGCUUUAAAUUGCAAUAGUCUUAAUUACUGUUAUCAUUAUGUAUUAAUAUGUACAUUUAUGCAUUUAAUUGCUAAUUUAUAUUUAUUUUAAUUUCUCUCGUUGUUUUUUUUGUCUAAUAGUAAAUAUUACUAAUCAGAUUAACUCAAUCAUUGAUUUGGAUUCAGUUGAUUUAUUAAUAUUAUCACAAGAAUAUUGAAAAUUUGUUUGAAAACUUUACCAACAAUCAACUAACUGUCAUGAAGUUUUCUCAUUUAAAUGGUCAACAAUUUAAACUUAAUCCAAUCUGAUCAGUUAGUUAAGCUUAUUAACUUUUAUGAAAUCUCAGCAAUGAGAGGAGAAAGUUAAUCAUCAAAUUAAAUCUGAAUCAACAAUCAACUGAAUGGAAAAUAAAUUGUUCUGAUUGUAUUUAAACUUGGAAAAGCAUCUGAAAUGAUAACAAUAAAUUGUUACUGAUAA